CUAAAAUUAAUAGUAUAAUUUGCUUUAAUUUCAGAUGGCAUGGGGAUUAAUAACAUUCAGUAACCGUGUCGAAAUUAUCCUAGCCGCUUUAUUUUUAGCAGGGAUCAGUAGUUCAAUAUUUCUGGUAAUCCCAAUCUACAUCAGUGAAUUUUGCAAUGAAUCAAUAAGAGGAACUUUAACAUCUGGUGCUCUGGUCUUCCUACGUCUGGGAAUACUCGUUUCAUACAUGAUCGGAGGUCUACUCAGCUAUGAUGCCAUGGCGUAUGUCUGUCUAACUCUAUCUGUGAUUACACUAUUGCUUUUGAUGUUUCUGAAGGAAUCACCAAUGUUGUUGAUGAAGAAAGGGAUGGAAGAAGAAGCAAGGAAAUCUAUCGAGUUUUAUACCAAUUCAAAACCCGAUUCUAAAGAAGUAUUACAAGAGAUAAUAAAGAUUAAAAGAGCAUUAUAUCCUGAAGAAUGUGGUAAUGUAAAGCAUUAUAAUCACUCUUAUAAUAAAUAGUCCAAUUAUUU